AUGUGCUGCACAGCUCUCAGCUUCUUCGCUUCCGACCAAAACUAUGCAAAUUUUCUACAUGUUCUUACCAUAAUUGAACUUUCUGUUCACACGUUCGGAGCAUACAUCAUCAUUGCAAAAACACCGAAAAAAUUGGAAUCCGUGAAGGCCAGCAUGCUAUAUCUACACUUUGUCGGAGCAUUUGUCGAUGUCUAUUUCAGUGUUCUCAUUAUGCCAGUCCUACAUUUGCCUGUUUGUGGAGGCCAUCCGGCCGGGUUACUCUCAUUUUUCGGCGUUCCAGUCUUACUGCAAACUUAUGUGGGACUUCCUUUACCUGCAGGUCAGUACUUUUUUCAGGAAUAUUAAUUUAUCGUUCUGUAAAUGAAAAACAGAAAAAAAUGUGGUGAUGUAGUCCGUGAUAGCAAAACUAAAUUAAAAAAAUCUUUUUGCAGUAAUGGGCGCGACCAUAGUGGUGUUUCUGGAAGAUCGUCGAUAUCGAUUGGUUAACGGUCAAAAGUCAAGCAGCAACGUAAGAAAAUGGUAUCGGUUCUUGUUUGUUGCAUUGAAUUAUAUUUAUGCAACAAAAUUCCAUGCGCCGGUGUACUUUUCCUUCCAGAUCAAGAAGAUGGAAGACUUGUAUUGAAGAGUGUACGUUUUUUCUAAUGUAAAUCACAAUACAUUUCCCAAUUCACAAUGAACAAAAUAAAUCAAAAUUGGUACACAUGAAAUAUCACUUUGUUUCAGAAAAGUCAGUGUAUUCCAGCCGAUUUUUUUGAUCAUCCAAACUUUUUUUUGCUUGAUCUUAAUGGUAACUAUAUUGCCAUUUGCUUGUUAUUAUUGAUCAUUAUUCUUUUUUGCCAAAUGAUGUUUCAAUUCGGGCUGAUUUUCCGUCAUUUGCUCAAAAAUACUCCCGUUUCUAGAUGCACAAUUCGUUUACAGCAACAAUUUUUUAUCGCAAUGAGCAUGCAAGUUAUCCUUCCGAUUGUCAUAAUUGCUUUUCCAGUUUCCUAUAUGCUUUAUUCAAUUGUAUCUGGUUAUUAUAAUCAAGGUAUUUAUUUGUUCGAAACAGCAAUAGACAUCAUUAUACAAUUUUAGGCGCAAACAACCUAACGUUCAUGAUAAUUUCCAUGCAUGGAGUGUUAUCCACUUUAACAAUGCUCAUGGCAUACAGACAUUAUAGAGAAUCAAUUAUGGAAAUGUUAAAUCUUGAAUGAAAUCCGUCCGGUAGCCGAGCUCAACGUAUUUGGAAGCUUUCAAAAAGAACAAGUACUCGAUUUUGA